AUGGAAGCACAAUUCUACGAAGCUCGACGUCGUCAAAAUGCCAUUGAACGACGUCAAUCCCUUCAAAGUCGAAACGAAACAGUUAAACAACCUCAACAAUCUGAAUAUACAGUUUUACAUAUCCCUGUUCGUCUACCACAUAAAGAUGAUAAACAUGAACGAUGUACAUGUACUCCUAUGCAACGUACUAAAUUAACUAAUAGUGAUCAAUCUUUAUAUAAACGAAAUCGAGAUAUUUAUCCUCGACCGCCACCUUUAGCAACAAGAAUAAAACGACCUUUUCAACAUGCAAAACUUCAUCAUCGAUUUUCUUCAACUGAAUAUCUUCAACAAUGGUAA